ACAAGAUAUAUUGCCAACCCAAUUCUUGCUUCAUCAUAAUGAGAACCUUCCCGACCAUCUCUUUCCUCUUCUUGACCCUCUUCGGCUUAGCCCAUGCAGCCACAUUCGACAUCACAAACAGAUGCACUUACACCGUCUGGGCUGCUGCCAAGCCGGGUGGUGGCAGAAAACUGAACAGUGGUGAAACAUGGCAAAUCAGUGCAGACCCUGGAACCACACAAGCCCGCAUUUGGGCUCGAACCAAUUGCCAAUUCGAUGCUUCCGGGAAAGGCAAGUGCGAAACCGGCGACUGCGGCGGCGUCCUCGAAUGCAACGGCUACGGCCAAGCCCCCAACACGCUUGCUGAAUAUGCCUUGGGCCAAUAUGCUAACCAGGACUUCAUUGAUAUCUCCAACAUCGAUGGCUUUAACGUUCCGAUGGAGUUUAGCUCGAACUCUCCGGGAUGCUCUAGGGUCAUCAAGUGCUCGGCGGACAUUGUCGGGCAGUGCCCGAAUGAGCUGAAGGUUCUCGGAGGUUGCAACGGGCCUUGCCCGCAGUUGAAGACUGAAGAACACUGCUGCAAUUCUGGGAACUGUGGACCUACACCAUUGUCAAGGUUUUUCAAGGACAGGUGCCCAGAUGCUUACAGCUACCCAAAGGAUGACCCAACGAGCCUGUUUACUUGCCCCACAGGGACUAACUACAAGGUUAUAUUCUGCCCAUCGUAAACAGUAUUUGGGAUAGUUUUAAGCUGUCUACGAAUAAAAAUAGGGUAUUAUCAAUAAAUAGAAUAAAGGCAUACCAUAUCAUUGCGAAUGCUAUCUGAGCACA